AUGAUCCAACCUAACACUAAAUCUACAUUGGGACACUGCCUUAUUUUCAGAGUUCACAAGCCAAGACUUAGCAACCUCACUCAGUUAACCCAACUUUCUUCUUCCAGACAAAUGGGAUGGGAAAACCUGUCCAGUGCCUCAGAAUUCAUCCUCCUUGGGAUCUCCAAGCAGCUGGAUCAGCAGGAUGUCCUCUUUGGGCUGUUCCUAUCCAUGUACCUGGUCACAGUGGCAGGCAACCUCCUCAUCAUUCUGGCCAUCAUCUCUGAUGCUCAACUCCACACCCCCAUGUACUUCUUCCUGGCCAACCUCUCCCUCACUGAUGCCUGCUUUGUAUCCACCACUGUUCCCAAGAUGCUGGCAAACAUAUGGAUCCAGAAUCAGGUCAUCUCUUAAGCAGGAUGUCUAUCUCAACUGUACUUUUUCAUGUUGUUUGUGAUGCUGGAGGCAUUUCUCUUGGCUGUCAUGGCUUAUGACCGCUAUGUGGCCAUAUGCCACCCACUCCAUUACAUUAUGGUCAUGAGCCCUGGGCUCUGCGUCCUCCUCGUGUCUGUCUCCUGGGUCAUGAAUGCCCUCCACUCCCUCCUACACACACUCCUGAUGAACAGCCUGUCUUUCUGUGCAGACCACAAGAUCCCACACUUCUUCUGUGACAUCAACCCCCUGCUGAGUCUAUCCUGCUCAGACCCUUUCAUCAGCGAGCUGGCAAUCUUUACCAUUGGGGGGUUCACAGGCCUGGUUUGUGUGCUCAGCCUGAUUAUCUCUUACACAUACAUUUUCUCAACCAUCCUGAAGAUCCCCUCAGCUCAGGGAAAGCAGAAAGCCUUUUCCACCUGUAGCUCUCAUCUCUCUGUUGUCUCUCUCUUCUUUGGGACUUCCUUUUGUGUUUAUUUCAGUCCCCCCUCAAUCCGCUCAGCACAGAAGGGUACAGUUGCAUCAGUGAUGUACACAGUGGUAACCCCUAUGCUGAACCCCUUUAUCUACAGUUUGAGGAACCAAGAUAUCAAGUCUUCCCUUAAAAAGUUAAUUUGGGUUAGGAAAAUACAUUCCCCUCAGUGGUAG